GAGUGUUUUUAUAGCGCUUGUAUUGGUCUCCCUGGGAGCGCUUUCUUGCAAACAACUCCCUGUACAGAAGUCUUUUUGGAAGGCGAUAGUCUGGCAUGUGGACUACAUGUCUCGCCCAUCGAAGUUGGGACCUUUUAACUGUUCAUGUCGGACAGCUCUAAGAUUUCUUUGUCUGUGUCCAGAAGGAAUGGGUUCCAUAAAAGAAAAUGUACUCACUCUUGAGACUUUGAACCCUAAUGUGAUUGAAUUAGAAUAUGCAGUAAGAGGUCCCAUAGUUAUAAGAGCAACAGAGUUAGAACGAAAAAUAGCAGCUGGUGAAACUUUGCCCUUCAAAAAGGUGGUGAAAGCUAACAUUGGUGAUUGCCAUGCUACUGGACAACAGCCUAUCACCUUUAUUCGACAGGUUCUUGCGCUGUGCACAUAUCCUUCACUGAUGGACAGCGCCGCUUUCCCUUCAGACGUGAAAGCAAAAGCAAAAAGAAUAUUAGAUAAUUGCAAAGGUCAAAGUGUUGGCUCGUAUUCUGACAGUUGUGGAUUGAGUGUCGUGAGAGAAGAUGUUGCAGCAUACAUUAGUGCACGUGAUGGUUUCCCCUCUGACCCCAACAAUAUUAUAUUGAGCACGGGUGCCAGUGAUGGUAUUAAAUCAAUCUUGCUUUUGCUACUUACUGGCAAAGGAGGCUCAGAGAGAGCUGGAAUUAUGAUCCCCAUACCACAGUACCCACUGUAUUCAGCUGUCAUCUCAGAGUUUGGGGCCUAUCCCAUUCCUUAUUACUUGGACGAGUCUGACAGUUGGUCUUUGAAACUAAGCGAACUGGAGAGGGCCAUUGGUGAGGCCAGGCCACAGUGCAAGCCUAAGGCCAUUGUGGUAAUCAACCCUGGCAACCCAACAGGCUCUGUCUUGAAAAAGGAAAACAUACAGGAGAUAAUCAGAUUCGCCAGGAAAGAAAAGCUUUUUUUGCUGGCAGAUGAGGUCUAUCAGCAUAAUGUAUAUGCUGAGGGUGCCCAGUUCUUCUCCUUUAAGCAGGUUCUAAUGGAGAUGGGAGAACCUUACAAUACAAUGGAGCUAGCCUCUUUCAUGUCUGCAUCUAAAGGCUACAUGGGAGAAUGUGGAUUCAGGGGAGGCUAUGCUGAGGUUAUAAACUUGUUACCAGAAGUGAGGGCACAUUAUUAUAAAAGUAUCUCAGCAAAACUGUGUCCACCUGUCAUUGGUCAAGCUGUCAUUGAUUGUGUUGUUAAUCCACCAGUGCCAGGUGAUCCUUCCUUUGAGUUGUUCCAAAAAGAAAAAGACUUUGUUCUGGCUCAGCUCAAAGAGAAAGCCACCCUUGUCACCAAACUGUUCAACUCUAUAGAGGGGAUAUCAUGUAAUGAGGUCAGUGGAGCCAUGUAUGCCUUCCCAAGAAUCUAUUUACCAGAGAAAGCCAUUCAGGCAGCUAAAGUAGCUGGCCAGAGUCCAGAUAGCUUCUACUGCUUUGCUUUACUAGAGGAGACUGGCAUUUGCACAGUGCCAGGCAGUGGGUUCAGACAAGCUCCAGGCUCUUUUCAUUUUAGGACCACCAUCUUACCACAGGUGGAAGAGCUGACUCAGGUGUUGACCAAGUUUAAAGAGUUUCAUCUUAAUUUCCUGGCAAAGUACAAAUAAAUGGCACUAAGAAAGAUGGGAUGAAGGAAACAGAUGGCGCCAUUGGCUUUCAGACAACACUUCUGUUGUAUAUAAUAAACUCUGUUUCCAAUCUAUUUUUUUCUAUUGCUAAUGUAUUCUAUACUUUUGCUUGAUGAUUUUUCUUGAUUGAUUAUUUUGAACAGAGAAAUAGAUUAAUUAAUUUGAAUAAAGAAAUAGAUGAAUUUAUGCAUUUCAACAUUCUAUUUUAUUUCAUUGCUAUGUCUGUUGGGACAUUGUUAAAAAGAUUUUUUUAUUUAUUUUUAAAACAUUGAAGAUAGUAUUUUUUUAAAACUAUCUUCAAUGUAAAAUGUUUAUAUUUAUUAAUUAAGAUAUUGUCCGAUACAGAUAAACAUAAUAACUGAAAUCCUUUUUAAUUAUUUAUUUUAUUGAAAUCGUUAAAAAAAUUGUUUUGUCUAAUUAACUAAAAUAAUUAUUUAUAUACUGUGUGUUCUCAGUAAAUCAGAAUAGUAAUGUAUUCUUCAGAUGUAUGACUUUAUCAUGUUUAAAAAAUGUUUGAAUAAUAGAAUUGCAGUGAGCUUACCACUACUCUCUUAUUGAUGCAUGUUAACAGUUGCUGUGUUAAAUUUACUAACUUGGAUCGCCAUAAUUGCUUUAGAAAUAAAGUUUUAAUUAGCCGAAUUUAUAAAGGCAUCGGCUUGGUGACAUGGAAUGAGUUUGAAGCCCUGUUAUUGACAAUGAAUUUACUUUGGAUUUCAUUACACGAGUCCAUGCAGUUUAAAUGAACACCACAUAUCUGUUGGAGACCUAAAAUAGUGUAGCUCUCUUCUAAAGAAAGGCUUUAAAAACAUGUUUACUUUUCUUCACUGCUCUAUAUAACUUUAUAUCAUUGUGGAAAACCUUUUUUUGUUUUUCACAUUGGGUGAUGGGUUUUAAAAAAAACUUGUAACCUAAAUUAGAUUCUUGUUGUAUGUUUAUGCUGUAAAAGACUUCAUGUUUUCUGACUAAUAGUUCUAGUACAAUAGAAAUUAGUUCAAGUUGGUUGCACCUUAGAUUCUUGCCCAAGUUUUUAUACUCAGCUCUAUAUAGUGUCAUUACUAAAUGUUUGUUGAGAUGUAGUGUCACUUACAGACUGAUGUUGUGCUUUGUUUUUGUUAACCAUUUUUUUAAAGUGAUUGAAGUAGAAUAACAAGAUUUGGAGCAUUAGGGAGGAUGUCUGUUGUUGUAUUGAUUUCAGUUUUUAGACACUUGAGAAUGAUUGCCUGAAUUGUGAAAUGUAUGUCUAGUCUUGAAAUUCCUUUCGGUGUGCUGCAACUUCCUGCAAGCUCAGCAAAGACGCAAUAAUUCAUUAUCUGCGGCACUUAAAUAACCACUUUGAUUUCACAAUUUCUCACAUAUUUUUUUUACGCGAAUCAUGCUUUUAGUCAAAAUAUAUUUAUUUUAAAAAAUAGUAAAAUGUUAUCUAAGCUCCAAAUAUAUAAAGUUUUCAAUUUGUUUAUGAUUAUAUUACAUAUUUUAGUAUUUACUUUGUGAUUUAAAAAAAUAAAUCUUUCAAUUGCUAAUGCUAAAACCAAAUGAAUAUUUGGUAGCUUCCAUCAAAGAAAUCAAAAUAUCUGACAGAUUUUAUAUAUAAAUCAUGUAUAUUUGACAUUAUUAAGCCUUGAAAGAUAUUGGUCUCUUGUGAUUUUCAUUCAAGUCUAUUAUUUAAUUAAUUUUGCUUUAAGUCAUGUCUGGUCUACAAUUAACUAAUAUAAUUGUUUGCAUUUGUAAAGUCAAAAAAAUUUCACUAAGUCAUUUUUUCAACACCUACUUUAUAUUCUACACAAACCAAAAUAAACUUAUCAAAGUAAGAAGAUGUCAUUUAUACAUCUACCUUUUGUUAAAGGAGCUUUUCCUUUAAAUGUAAUCAUUGUACCAAUGUUUUAUAGGCUCUUAUAUGAAUUUAUAGCUUUAUAGACUCAAGGUAAGCAUGAUAGUAAUUUUAAAAUGGCCUGAAUCUUGAAGAGGAAAACAGAACUAUCACCCCCACCAUCUCAUCUAUAGAAUUCCUGCACCAUAAAAGCUCCUAACAAUGCUUAGAUAAAGUUAUAAAGGCUAGACAUUGUGCCUGCUGGCCACAGAAAAAAUAACUGUUUUAUAUCUUUACUUAAAUGUAAAAAUACAUUUCAUUCAUCUCUAUGUCUUUUGCUUUUUACAUUUUUUCUCACCUUUUUGAAAUGUUUACUUCCCCUUUUUUUUUUUUAUUAAAGUCUUGAUAGGGACUUUUUAAUGAUAGUUUAUGACCUUCAAGUUCCCCUUUCAGACCUUGUGAUCUAUAAGGCAGAUGAUGUAAAGGUCACCUGUUUCUGUGGCCCACAGUUUAUUGUUAUCACCUUAGUUCAUCCUUAUUGAAGACUAGAGGUAGAUCAAUUUGUCAAUGCUUGUUGUCAUGGGAUGGCAAUGCACUUCUUACUCAGAAAAGUUUAGCAUAAAAAUGGCUUGAUUGGCAGAGAUGUUUCCACUCAGAUGCUGUAUUACUUGACUGCUAAUUUUUUUUUGUCAACUUUCCAUCCAUAUUAUUAAAGCCUUAAAUGUUUUUAGUUUCAACUAUGCAAAUUUUAUUUACUAUAGUUUUGUUUCUGGUGUACAUUUUGUUAUUAUUAAUACAUGAAUACACAACAAAACCACCGUCUACUACAUGUGAUAAGUAACUGAUUAUGAAAAUGCAUUUUAUUUUUAAUUUCUUUUUUUUUCAAAGUGAUAACAGACCAUGGAAGUCAGGAGAAAUUAAGUUAAAAAGUAACUUAAAUUAGAAGUAAUUUUAAAGAAAUUUAAAUUGAGUAUUUGCAUUUAAAGAAAACACUUCAUCAAAAUUAAAUCAAUUCAUAAGCUACUUUUUCUUUUUCUUAUAACUUUGCAUUGAACAAGACUUUUGCCACUUUAUUUUACUAAGUUCAAAAUCACAAAUUGGCUUCUAUGAUUGAUGUACUAGACAUAUAUAAUAGCCUGAAAGUAUUAUUAUACAUGUUUUUUAAAGAAAACUUAUUCACAAUAAUUCAAUUAUUCUUUUACAAAUUCUGAGCUAGUCUCUUUAAAAAAAUAUUUUUAAGACAAAAAAACUAAACAUUUCUGAGUAAAUUCAAUUAGAAAAUGUUUAUUUUUUUUUGUUUUCUUAAAAGUAUUUUUUUGUUUGCAUUCCCGUUGUGUUAUUUUUAAAUCUCGUAUACCUACAGACUUUUCUUUAAUAAGAAAUUGUUGGAGAAACUAGUUUGAUAAAGGCUUGAAAGAAUGAAUCAUUUUAAAUGAACUGAGUCACACAUUUUGAUUUUGUGGAGCAACAUAGGAGAUAGUAUAAAAUAGAACUUGAACAAAUUAUAGUAAGACUUUCCCAGGUUGAAAUAAUGUAGGAUAACUGAGCACAUAUAAAUGACAAUCAAAUAAAACUAUUUAUGCAUUUCAGUAUCUCAGCCAUCUCCAAAACACUCCUCUGAAAACUUGAUGCUGCCAUGUACCUCUUAUAUAUAAUAUAAAUAUAUAUUACUUUUAGUUAGGCUGUUUCGAAAUAUGAAUGUGAUAUUUAGAGCUGAAAUAUUUUAUUGUAUUUAGUGCUGCUGUUGUAUGGUGGUCUACUUCUUUGUCCUGUCUGGAAAGUUUCUUGCUGUUAUUUAUUUAUUUAUUUUUUUAAAUUUAUUACUUUGAUAGGCUUUAAAACUUUUGGAAACUUUAACCAAUUCAUUGUAAUCAUUUGCUGCAAUUUUGUAAACAGAUGACACUACUAGAGUGCUGUGUUCUAUUUAUAGUCUAGUCACCCUUUGCCUAUUGGAAAUGUUUAGUAAAAAUCCAAACACACCCUGUGGACUCUAGAACGUUUAUUUUUCUUACAACUCUUUUUUUUUUCUUUAUUAGCUCUUAAGCUCUGAAACUCUGUCCCACUCUUAACUUUUACAUAGUUCCUGUUUUUCAAGAACAAAAUUAGACCUGAGGGUCAUAAGAUACUAGUUAGUUAUGUUCUUAAUUAUUUUACAAGCUUUUUGCUCCAGUCAGAACUUCAUAAUCUCUGCUUAUAGAUGACAUUAUUCCUGGCUGAUUUCUGUUUUGUUUUAAUAAGCAUAUUGAUCUUUCAUCAUAAUUAUUAAAAGUGUUAUAUUAUAGAUUCAAUAAUCUUAUUUUAUGUUAUUUGAAUUGGUUUACAUUUGCUUUUUUGUUUAUUUUUAAGAUCCCAAUUUAAAAAUUAUUUUUUUUUAUAACCUUUGAAUGUUAGUUUAAUCAGUACUUUUUACUGUUUCUGUGUUGAGGUCACAAUGACCUAACCAUGACCUGCUUGAUAAGAGUAAAAGUAAUAAGCUACAUUACUUCCUCAUUGUCAGCAUGUUUUAAAACUUAGUUACUGAAUUCAAUGCAUAGUUUCUGACCAUGUGUUUAUGUAAGACAUGAUGGGAUGGCUAACUAGAAUCAUUUCAUUCCAUUAUAUUCAAAAAUAUUUCCAGUUUCUUGAAGACAUGGGUGACCACUAGAGUAUUGAUAAACUGCAUGUUCCUUGAAGACAUGGGUGACCACUAGAGUAUUGAUAAACUACAUGUUUCUUGAAGACAUGGGUGACCACUAGAGUAUUGAUAAACUACAGGGUUAGUUAUAUAUCUCUGUUUCCAAACAUGUCCUUCCAAUCAGGAGUUACACUCAGGAAAAAUGGACAAUUUGCUCACACAAUAACAAUGGGUAUCUAGCACCUGUUGAGUAAAACUAUUGUUGGCUUCACCUUAGGCGGGCUCACAUAGGUCUCACCAGCCACAUAUGAGGCUCAAAACCCUAGUGCUAAAUCCUCUUGUUUACCAUAGAUUUAAGGAUGAUUCAAUUACCUUUAUGCCGUUGGACCUCUAAAAAUAAAUUGUGUAUCACUACAUUUGUAUUACAUGGUAUGACCUGGGUGUAAUUGUGCCUGGUUAUCAAUGUUGACUUUGUCAUUGACUUCCUGAUUAGUUUAGACUUUGUGUCUUGUUGACCUAGUUGCUGAAACAUGUAGACCUGUAGUGAACAGUUUCUAAUGUUAUCUGUUGGUUUCACUUCAGAUAUAAGCGAGGAACUGUUUGUUUUGUCUUCUAUAGAUUUAUGUUGUUAUGUUGUUUGUAUCAAUUUGUCUUUCAUAUACAUGUCAAUGGUAGCUAAUAAAUACACUGAUGGGGUAACCAUCACUAUCAAACUGUUUGCCAAAUGUAGAGAAUAAUGUUUUAUUCAGCGAUUAAAAAGGUUGAAUGCAUUAUUUGAAGGAACAGACAGGCAAGCCUCCCAGUUUAAAUCCUCAAUUUAGUAAAAGCAAUGGUUUUGCUACGUGUGAAUGUUAACUGUCACCAACUUCUGCUGGUCAGUGACAUCAAAUGAAAUAAUUUAGUAUUUUAUUAUAUAUUAGUUAUUUUAUUUUUAUUAUAUAUUAUUUUUGGCUUUUUUGCUCCAGUCAGAACUUAAUAAUCUCUGUUUAUAGAUGGCAUUAGUCCUGAUUGAUUUUGUUUUGUUUUAAUAAGCAUAUUGAUCUUUCAUCAUAAUGAUUAAAAGUGUUAUAUUAUAGAUUAAAUAAUCUUAUUUUGUGUUAUUUCGCUUAGCCUUACAAUAAUUGUACUUCAACAAGGGACACAUUAGCAAAUCAUUUGUUUGUGGACUCAUGUGACCUUCUACUACUUCUGCUCAGUUACUCAAGAGCAGUCACUUGGGUAUCAUGUUGAGGCUGUACUUUUAGGAUACAUUAUUAUCUGUCCUUUAGUUAGAACUUUGAUCUUGUAGAGUAGAUACCAAUUAAUGUAUUACAUUUUCCGCUGUUUUAGAGAGUGGUGUUAAUGUGGCCUCGUACCAACAUGGGAUGGUAUCAGGUUGUGGUUUGCUAACAGCAUGUAGUGUGUAUCUCUGAUGUAUUCAGUUUCACAAUAAAAGCUUUCGAUGAAAA